GCUGCCCAGAUCUGUGAACGCAAUCCAAUGAUGCAGAUCGCCUUUUCUGCCGUUCUUCCGAGACGGGAGAAUAGGUUCUGCUCAUUGGAAUGGCAGCGUAGUUUCGCUGCAGAGAUCGAGGCUUUGAAUGACCGUUACCGAGAGGUGAACUUGCUGCUGCGAGAGUUGUGUCGCAGGGAAGGGUUCACGUUCCUUGACGGGCUGGCUGACGAGUGGCACCAGUGGAUCGGCCACGACGGCGUCUACCCAAGCUGGAUCGGCAACAAGCUCCUCGCUGGGUUCAUGGGCCAGCAAGUGCGGAGCAUCCUGGAGAAGAUGGCCAGGGCCAAGAUCCAGCAGGACCACAAGGAGGCAAUGCCAGGGACCCGCUCGUGGGACGGCUGGACCAUCAAGGGUGCCCCAUUGACCGCGCCAUGUUGGCUCUUCAGAAUUCUCCGACUUUUCCAGCAAAGUUUUGUUAAUCUGACCACAUAGUGUUUCUAAGAGGCUGGGGAAAUUAUAGCUAAAAGUUUGUGGGCCUCACAUCUGGUAACAAGAAGGCUCCAAAAACAAGGCCCCUUGAAAACUGAGCAAGUUGCUACUUGUGUAAAUUGGCUCUGAAGAAACCAACUUACUAGGCGCUGCACAGUCCAAUGAUUCUUUCCGAGUCUGAAGUGGUGCAGGGAAAUUGGAAUUUUGUGUUAUAAUGUGAACAAACUGUUCUCCAUUACAAAUCGAUUUUGAUGUUGUUUACUUACAUUUGGUGGGGUGCCAAUUUGUCUUAUACCUUAGUAGUUACAUCAACACACUGCAUUUGAUAUCAAUCCUGCCCCAACAAUAGUUAGCGCACAUGGGCCCCUUUUUUACUUUCUGAUCACUCCCCAAAUAAUGCCCGGUGCUUCUCUGCGUGCACCAGAGCAACGUAAGAAAGCUAACUGCGAGAGCACUGGCAUUUCCUUGGUCGACACGGGAGCCGCAAAUUCCUGCACAUCACAUGUAGAGUAAUUACUACAGGCAACAAACACCUAUUGCACAUGGGUAAUAGCUAAUAGUUACAGCCUAUGCAAUGUGCGAUGAUGUUACCGCUUCUUGCAGGCAUGUCCACCCUAUUUAAAGUAGGAGUCUGUGAAGAUGUCCACCGAUGCCUUUGUAAACAACUACAGGCAAACUAGAGCUGAACUGUUUCAUGUUCCUUCAUGUGUAACCAGACAUUUCGUAUGCUUUUAUGUGUGCUCACUGUGCAAUACCUCACGUCUCUCGGAUUCAGUCAUAUGAUGCCAUCGCUCCACCUCACCUUUAUAUAUCUGCAUCUGUUGCAAUGUACCGUCGCCAUUUGGAUAAUCUUACAUUUAUUUGUUUGUUAACUUUGUGUGUGUUUAGGAGUUUUUUUUUGUUUGCUGGUUUUAUUGUUUGUUUUGGUGCACCAUGAGGCAUCCAAG